AUGGACAGUGAUGUUUCUAACUAUUCAGUGGUCGGGCGAAUCGGGGAAGGCGCCCACGGGUUGGUUUUCAAGGCGAGACACUUGCAAACCGGUCGGGAGGUAGCGAUGAAGAAAAUCCUUAUCAAGAACUUGGAAGACGGGAUACCCGUGAAUGUGAUGAGAGAGAUAAAAGCAUUACAACUGCUUCGCUGUAAAUAUAUCAUUAAACUCCACGACAUGUUCCCACGGGGCAUGAGCCUGGUCCUAGUAUUGGAGUACAUGUGUUCAGGUCUGUGGGAAAUGCUACACCAUAACCAGCAAGAGCUGACGCUGCCCAGGGUUAAGGCGUAUGCCCAAAUGCUUCUCAAAGGGACAAGAUAUAUGCAUGCGCACUAUGUUAUGCACAGGGAUUUGAAACCGGCCAACCUAUUGAUAAAUCACGAAGGAAUAUUAAAAAUAGCCGAUCUUGGAUUGGCGCGACUUUAUUGGCCUGACGGCGGCAGACCAUACUCACAUCAAGUGGCGACAAGGUGGUACCGUGCGCCAGAACUGCUAUACGGAGCAAGAUACUACACCGAAAAGGUAGACCUUUGGGCAGUCGGUUGCAUCAUUGCUGAAAUGAUAACGAAGCAACCAUUAUUUUCGGGUGAAUCGGACAUAGAACAGCUGGCAAUUGUGCUGCAACAUCUAGGCACUCCCACGCAGGAGUCGUGGCCUGGUCACGAGCAACUACCAGAUUUCCAUAAGAUCACGUUCCCAGAGUCCACGCCCACGCCAUGGAACGAAUUACUACCUGGAGUGGAGCCUGACGCCAUACACUUGGUCAAGUCCUUCAUAUGCUAUAACGACAACAGGAGAAUAUCAGCGAAAGAGGCGUUAAGACAUCCUUGGUUUCAAAACAGACCUUCGCCGGCCAGCUUAGAUGAGAUGCCAAAGCCAGUAGCUACAAAAUCUAAAUGA